AACUUCCGCCAGGUGUGUAAAGCGUCGCUUUCACUUAGAUCGACAUCCGAGAAGAGUGUUUACCAGUCACUAAGGACGGCAUUGUAUUGUCGUAUCAGGGAACUGAAGCAUGGCCUAUUACGGGAGUAACUAUACUGGUGGAGGAGGAUAUGGGGGAGGAGGAUAUGGAGGUUUCCCCCCUAGUAGUGGCCCCCCACCCCCACCUGGUGGUGGCUUCGGAGGUUAUGGGGGUGGUGCCUACAAUGUGAAUUCAUAUGGUGGAGCUUAUGGUGGUGGAUAUUCUGUAGGGUCUGCCCCACCCCCAGGGGGACAACAUGGCGGAUAUGGAGGAUACCAUAGUGGUGCUGUGGCUGGUUUUACUGUUCCUGCAGUCCAGCAGUGUUCCUACCAGGGAGCCAUGCCCCAGCAACAACAAAUGCCACAAACUGUCAACUAUGAUAGCUACAACAACUUAAUGUUACAACAGCAGAUGCAAAUGCAGCAAAUGUUCCAGGAGCAGGCAAAGGCACAUAAGAAGAAGAAGAGGAAGCAGAGGAGGAAAAAACGCCAACAGGAGGAGGACGAUGAAGAAGAAGAGGAGGAGGAGGAGGAAGAAGAGGAGGAAGAAGAAGAGUCUGGGUCAUCUGGGGGAUUGACGGAUGAGAUAAAAGCUCACUUGAAGAAUGUGUACAAAGUAGAAUGUUCAAAACGCCUGAAACUGUCCGGAACAUUUGACAUAACCUCUGGUACUGUUCAACCCUUACUUAAAUACCCGGACCUGCCCGAAAAACCCGAAGAAGGAGACCCAGUUGUGCUAUACCACAUGACAGACGAAGAUCAGGCAGAGGGCAUCAAAAUUAGUGGGGAAGACUGGAAAGCAGACUAUGAUGCCAGAUACCUCAGAUGGGCUAUGAAGGGGUUAGGUACUAACGAGGAUGCAAUCAUCCAUGUCGUUUCCACUAGAUCCAACGCACAAAGACAAACACUCAAGAAGCAAUUCAAAACAGCAUAUGGCAGGGAUUUGAUCGAAGAUCUUAAUAGUGAGUUGAGCGGUAACUUCCGUGGAACCGUUCGUGGUUUGUUUGUGCCCCCAGCUAAAUAUGAUGCCUGGUCAGUUAAGGAGGCUAUCUACGGUCCUGGGACUGAUGAACGCAGCUUGAUUGAGAUCCUGAUGACUAGGACAAAUGCUCAGAUUCAGGAGAUGCGCGAAUGCUACGCAGAUGUUGUAAGUCCACACCGUAAGGAAACAGACAACAAGAUUGAGCAGGACAUCAGAGAUGAUACAUCUGGGGACUUCAAACGACUUCUCAUCUCGGCAGCUCAGGGAGGACGAAGUGAGAUAACAGAUGAACGGCUUGAGAAUGCUAUUGUAGAGAUAGAACGAGAUGGGGAAGGCAUUGGACUUUUCACAGUAGACUUUCAAAAGCUGGCUAAUAUGGACCAAGCCAAGCGAGAUGCCAAAAAACUGUUCAAGGCAGGAGAGGACAAAUGGGGCACAGAUGAGGAAACUUUCAUCCGAAUUUUCGCUACUCGGGACCCGUAUCAGCUCCGUGCUACCUGGGACGAGUAUGUCAAGCUCACCCAGCGAGAUGUUUUGAACUCCAUUGAUCGAGAAACAUCUGGGAGCUUUAAAAAGGGACUCUACACCAUUGUGGCCAGUAUCCGUUGCCGACCGAUGUUCUUUGCCGACCGUUUGGUCGAUUGCAUGAAAGGCCUUGGAACCAAUGAUGAUGAUCUCAUUCGUAUCAUUGUCUCCAGAUCUGAGAUUGACAUGGUACAGAUAAAGGAGUGUUUCCUUAAGAAGACCAAUAAAACAUUAUGGCGAUGGAUUAAGGAGGAUUGUAGUGGCGACUACAAAAAGCUUCUACAGGCUAUUGUUGGGAAAAACUAAGGGAGAUAACUCUACCAGUGAUAAUCUGAAUGGCAGAUCCUUAGUGCUAACGGAUAUUUUCGUGCGUCUACUUCUGUAGAAAAACUUGUACCUUGUUAAAUUUGUCAAAGAUCAUUCAAUAUAAGUCAUAAGGUACCAUAAGAUCUUAAUUGCUGAUGUUGUGUUGUGGAUAAUAUUAAUGUUCUAUCAGUCUUUAAAAUAUUUGUGAUAUUUGUGAUAUGUAAUGUUAAAACCAGUGUUGUAUAUCUUAUACAGGUUCUGUAUACUGACUUAAAUUAUCUGUAUUUACAGAUAAACUUUUACAACAUCAUUAUAAUGACUUGAUCCUAGCUUCAUUGCAUUCAAGAUCCUCUUGAAUUUUUGUAACAAUUCAAAUAUCAAACAUGCACACUUCUCAUUUAAUAUAAAGACUAAUAAUUAUAGUAUUCUACUGUACAUAUAAGUACAAGUGCCUAUGUUCUGUAUAUAGUCUAAUGGAGGAAAUAAAAGUUAUAAGGAAUCUGUUUACUGAAAUGAUGGUUAAGAGGGAAAAAAACAUAAAAUUGUGGAUUUUUACAUAAAAUCUACAAUUAAAUUAAUCAAUAGAAAAAAAUUACAGAAUGAUCAUUUUUCACACAAGACCAAACACCGUCUCCAUUUUUCUAUUUUCUGAGAAGUUGACAAAGUCUCUCUGAGUUAUUACAUGUGAUAGAUUUGAGUUUAAAGUUACUAGCUUAAUUAGAUAUACGCGAUUAUGACUGCAAUAGUGUGAGAAUAUUUUGUGGUCACUUGUUAUUUUAUCAAAACAGAUUUGCAAUUUUGUGCUUUUAAUACAUACAAUGUAUUUUAUUUUCAGCAUAACAAUGUUUUCAUGGAUAAAGUUUAAUUUCUAUGUAACUUUACAUAAUUUACACCAGCUUCACUGUUUUACAGUCCUGUCAGUAAAUUAUAUUCCGUCCAAGAAAAUAUAGGGAACGUAACUUGUUUUCCUAACUAAUUAAGAUAUUAAACGUGAAUAACAAAACAUUUAAAUUCUUCAGCGUACUGAUAUCAACACACAGGGACUUGGUAGCACAAAUUUUCUACCCAUUUAUUAAAAUAUUUAUUAUAAUGACCCAAGUAUAUAAAUAUGGACAAGUCCCUGUGCUGUUACAGAAAACAUAUGGACAUUAUGAUAUCGCACCAGUGUACAUAAAUGUAUAUCAGCAAAAAAUU